AUGGCGCAAGCAGCUCCUAUUACGGACCUUACUAAUCGGCUCUUCGCCGAGUUGAAGUCCAAGAACGAGGAGACACGGGUGCGAGCCGCUUACGAGCUUUAUGACAACGUUGUUGCUAUCUCUCGAGAUUGGUCCCCCGAGAAGUUCCUUGAGUUUUUCAAUACGGUCAGUCAGCGCAUAGCACAACUGGUGGUUACCGGCAAUGACGCACACGAAAAGAUCGGUGGCCUGCUAGCCCUCGACCGCCUGAUAGACUUUGAUGGAGUGGACGCUGCGCAAAAGACUACUCGAUUUGCUAGUUAUUUGCGCAACGCCCUCCGCAGCAACGACAAUGCGGUGUUGAUCUAUGCGGCCAGGGCUCUUGGCCGUUUGGCUAAGCCAGGCGGAGCUCUCACCGCGGAGUUGGUGGAGAGCGAAAUACAAUCUGCCCUAGAGGCUCUUCAAUCAGAAAGGCAAGAAAGCCGCCGAUUUGCUGCUGUGCUUGUUAUCCGCGAGCUCGCCAAAGGCUCACCGACGCUCCUUUACGGCUUCGUCCCCCAGAUCUUCGAGCUCAUAUGGGUCGCUUUGAGAGACCCCAAGGUCCUUAUACGGGAAACUGCGGCUGAGGCGGUUAGUGAAUGUUUUGAAAUCAUUGCGGCUAGAGAUAUGCAGGUGCGACAAUUGUGGUUUGCGAGGAUAUACGAGGAAGCGCUUUUAUGCCUCAAAUCCAGCAACAUGGAUUGGAUACAUGGUUCGUUGUUGGUGUUAAAGGAGCUUCUUCUGAAGGGCGCAAUGUUCAUGAACGAACAUUAUCGGAACGCCUGCGAAAUAGUCCUCCGUCUCAAGGACCAUCGUGAUCCGAAGAUUCGCACCCAAGUCGUCUUGACGAUUCCGAUUCUCGCCUCUUACGCCCCACUUGACUUCACCGAGACGUAUCUCCAUAGAUUCAUGAUCUAUCUCCAGGCGCAGCUCAAGAGAGACAAGGAGCGAAACUCUGCAUUCAUCGCCAUUGGAAAGAUCGCAAAUGCCGUUGGGGUUGCUAUUGCACAAUAUCUCGAUGGCAUCAUUGUAUACAUCAGGGAGGGUCUUGCAAUGAAAGCACGGAACCGAGCUGCUGUCAAUGAAGCACCAAUGUUUGAGUGUAUCAGCAUGCUGUCGUUAGCCGUAGGCCAGGCGCUCAGCAAAUACAUGGAAGCAUUGCUCGAUCCCAUAUUCGCCUGCGGGCUGAGCGAGUCUCUUACACAAGCGCUGGUCGACAUGGCCCACUAUAUUCCACCAAUAAAACCCACAAUUCAAGAGAAAUUGCUGGACAUGUUAAGUUUGAUCCUCUAUGGCACCCCUUUUCGGCCCUUGGGAUGCCCGGAGAGCAGGCUACCUCCAAUGCCUUCAUUCAUGAGAGACUUCGCUCCUCAAGAGCUGCACUCCGACACGGAAAUUGCGCUUGCACUGCACACGCUAGGUAGUUUCGACUUCUCGGGUCAUAUCCUCAAUGAGUUUGUCCGUGAUGUGGCAAUCAACUAUGUUGAGAAUGACAAUCCUGAGAUCCGAAAAGCUUCGGCACUUACUUGCUGUCAGUUGUUUGUCCACGACCCGAUCAUCAACCAGACAAGCAGCCAUUCAAUCCAAGUUGUCAGUGAAGUUAUUGAUAAGCUCCUGACUGUUGGUGUCGGAGACCCUGACUCUGAGAUCCGACGUACAGUUCUGUGGUCGUUGGAUCGGAAAUUCGAUCGGCAUUUGGCCAGACCGGAAAACAUACGAUGCCUUUUUUUGGCAGUCAAUGACGAGGUAUUUCCCGUCAGAGAGGCAGCGAUCUGCAUCAUAGGUCGCCUCUCAAGUGUCAACCCGGCCUAUGUAUUCCCGCCGUUGCGUAAACUCCUUGUGAAUCUCCUGACAAGUCUUGGCUUUGCAAGCACUGCGCGUCAAAAGGAAGAAAGCGCCCAGCUUAUCAGUCUGUUUGUUUCGAAUGCAACAAAACUCAUCAGAUCCUAUGUUGAUCCUAUGGUGACCACGCUGCUUCCGAAGGCAACCGAUGCGAAUCCCGGCGUUGCCUCAACCACACUAAGGGCUGUCGGUGAACUCGCGAACGUUGGCGGCACCGAAAUGAAAACAUACCUACCACAGCUGAUGCCAAUAAUCCUGGAUGCCUUACAGGAUCUUUCUUCCCAUGCCAAGCGAGAAGCGGCUUUGAGAACUCUAGGCCAGCUGGCCAGCAAUUCUGGCUACGUUAUUGACCCAUACCUCGAAUAUUCCCACCUUCUUGCUGUGCUCAUCAAUAUCAUUAAGACUGAGCAGACUGGGUCUCUCCGCAAAGAGACUAUUAAGUUGCUUGGAAUUCUUGGAGCAUUGGAUCCGUACAAAUACCAGCAGAUCAGCGAGACAGCACCAGUAGUUCAUCACAUCAAUGAGGUGCAGACCGUAUCUGAUGUUGCUCUUAUCAUGCAAGGACUCACGCCGUCCAGUGAGGAAUAUUAUCCUACUGUUGUCAUCAACACGCUGAUGCAGAACAUUUUGCGUGAGACCUCUCUUGCUCAGCAUCACUCUGCAGUCAUUGAUGCCAUUGUUACGAUCUUCAAGACACUUGGCCUGAAAUGUGUACCGUUCCUUGGUCAGAUAAUACCCGGUUUCAUAUCCGUCAUCAGAGUAUCGCCUGUCAGUCGCCUUGAAUCGUACUUUAAUCAGAUGGCGAUCCUUGUCAAUAUCGUGAGGCAACACAUCCGAGCCUUUUUGCCUGAGAUCAUCGAGGUCGUCCGAGAAUUCUGGGCCGCAUCCUACCAAGUGCAGUCCACAAUCCUAUCACUCGUGGAGGCAAUCGCCAAGUCAUUGGAGGGCGAAUUCAGGAAAUACCUCGCUGGUCUCAUUCCCCCGAUGCUCGACACCCUUGAGACGGACAGCACGGCACGUCGCCAGCCUUCGGAGAGGAUUCUCCACACCUUCUUGAUAUUUGGUACGAGCGGAGAGGAAUACAUGCACUUGAUUGUUCCCUCUAUCGUCCGCCUCUUUGACAGGACUCAAAACCCACAGAACAUUCGGAAGGCUGCAAUCGAUACGCUCACCAAACUCUCGCGGCAGGUCAAUGUUUCGGACUUCGCAUCAUUGAUGGUUCAUUCUUUAUCCCGGGUCGUUGCAGGUAACGAUCGCUUGCUACGGCAAGCUGCUAUGGACUGCAUCUGUGCUCUGAUCUUCCAGCUUGGCCAGGACUUCAAUCACUACAUACACCUGCUGAACAAGGUUCUGAAAUACCAUCAGAUAAGCCAUGUCAACUACCACAUUUUGGUAACCAAGCUACAAAAGGGAGAUCCGCUUCCACAAGAUCUUAAUCCCGAUGAAAACUACGCGGCGCUGGCUGAUGAUACCAACUACGCCGAGAUUGGGCAAAAGAAGAUGGUUGUCAACCAGCAGCACUUGAAGAACGCUUGGGACGCCUCCCAGAAGUCUACACGCGAAGACUGGCAGGAAUGGAUCCGACGAUUCAGUGUGGAGUUACUGAAAGAAUCACCUUCUCCAGCCCUGCGAGCAUGCGCUAGUUUGGCUGGUGUCUACCAACCACUAGCAAGGGAUCUCUUCAAUGCGGCAUUCGUAUCUUGUUGGACUGAGCUGUAUGACCAGUACCAAGAAGAGCUUGUCCGUUCAAUCGAGAAGGCUCUGACUUCGCCAAAUAUCCCUCCCGAAAUCCUGCAGGUUCUUCUUAAUCUAGCAGAAUUCAUGGAACAUGAUGACAAGGCCCUUCCCAUCGAUAUCCGCACUCUUGGCAAGUAUGCCGCUAAAUGUCACGCAUUCGCAAAGGCUUUGCAUUACAAGGAACUCGAGUUUGAGCAAGACCAGAACUCAGGCGCAGUGGAGGCUUUGAUUACCAUCAAUAACCAACUUCAGCAAUCUGAUGCCGCUAUUGGUAUUCUGCGAAAGGCUCAGGCGUACCGAGAUGUGGAGCUCAAAGAAACUUGGUUCGAGAAGCUUCAGCGUUGGGAGGAAGCCCUUGCUGCAUACAAACGGCGUGAAAAGAUUGAUCCCGACUCCUUCGGAGUCACAAUGGGCAAGAUGCGGUGUCUUCACGCCCUUGGUGAGUGGAAGGUGCUGUCUGACCUCGCCCAGGAAAAAUGGAAUCAGGCAUCCCUCGAGCAUCGCAGGGCUAUUGCACCUCUAGCAGCAGCGGCUGCCUGGGGUCGCGGUCAGUGGGAAUUGAUGGAUUCUUAUCUCGGCGUCAUGAAGGAGCAGUCGCCAGAUCGAUCCUUCUUCGGCGCCAUUCUUGCCAUCCACCGGAACCAGUUCGAUGAGGCAACCAUGUAUAUUGAAAAGGCACGCAAUGGUUUGGACACCGAACUUUCAGCAUUGUUGGGAGAGUCAUACAAUCGUGCCUAUAAUGUUGUUGUACGUGUCCAGAUGCUUGCUGAGCUUGAGGAGAUCAUUACCUACAAGCAAAAUAUCGGCGAUCCGGAGAAGCAGGACUCGAUGCGACAAACAUGGAACAAACGGCUGCUGGGGUGCCAACAGAACGUGGAGGUAUGGCAGCGCAUGCUUAAGGUCAGGGCACUUGUUACGUCCCCUCGAGAGAAUCUCGACAUGUGGAUCAAGUUUGCCAAUCUGUGCCGCAAAUCCAACCGAAUGGGUCUCGCCGAGCGAUCGCUCGCAUCACUGGAAACCGUUGUUUCUGACAGCAAUGGCACACGGGCAGUUGCUCCGCCGGAGGUUACCUAUGCUCGGUUAAAGUUCAACUGGGCUACCGGACGCCAACGAGAUGCUCUUCAGAUGUUGAAAGAAUUCACUUCAAGCCUCACGGAAGAAUUCACACGGUUCAAUGCCCUCAUGAUGUCGCAGCCGGAUCAUAAUGGGGUGAACGGGGUCAACGGGGUGAAUGGGGUCAAUGGUAUUGCGGAUGCAAACCACGCAGAUGUCAUGGGGCUGCGUGAACGCAUCGGUGAUGUUGCUAAGUUCAGAAGGCUACUUGCCAAGAGCUACCUCAGACAAGGUGAAUGGCAGACAACCUUGCAACGAGGCGAUUGGAGACCGGAACAUGUUCGCGAAGUGCUCAACGCAUAUGCUGCUGCGACCAAGUACAAUCGCGACUCGUACAAGGCGUGGCAUUCGUGGGCCUUGGCCAAUUUUGAAGUUGUUACAACAAUCGCUAGUCAAGCCAGCAGAGAUGGCACGACAAUGGCCAUGGUCCCCGGCCACAUUGUGACGGAGCACGUAAUACCUGCUCUUCGCGGCUUCCUCAGGUCCAUCUCACUUUCGUCAACCUCGUCCUUGCAGGACACACUACGAUUGCUGACACUUUGGUUCACCCAUGGUGGCGACCAAGAAGUGAACAGCGUUGUCGCAGAGGGCUUCACGGCAGUGAACAUUGAUACCUGGCUUGCAGUCACACCUCAACUCAUAGCUCGCAUCAACCAACCUAAUAUCAGAGUCAGGAGUGCGGUUCAUCGGCUACUGGCUGAGGUUGGCAAGGUACAUCCUCAGGCCUUGGUAUAUCCGUUGACAGUUGCAAUGAAGUCUAAUGUUGCUCGGCGAUCGCAAUCCGCCAGCAAUAUUAUGGACAGCAUGCGGCAACACAGUGCCAAACUCGUGGAGCAGGCCGACGUUGUAAGUCAUGAGCUGAUUCGAGUUGCGGUCUUGUGGCACGAACUUUGGCAUGAAGGCCUAGAAGAAGCCUCUCGACUUUACUUUGGCGAUCACAAUGUGGAAGGAAUGUUUGCAACUCUAGCACCUCUACAUGAAAUGCUUGAUAAGGGAGCUGAGACAUUGCGCGAGGUGUCUUUUGCCCAGGCAUUCGGUCGCGAUCUUGCAGAGGCGAAGCACUACUGCAUGCUUUACCGAGAGACUGAAGAGAUCGGCGAUUUGAACCAAGCAUGGGAUCUCUACUACACGGUGUUCCGCAAGAUCAGCCGGCAGCUUCCACAGCUCUCUACGCUUGAUUUGAAAUACGUCUCCCCCAAACUCAAAGACUGUGUUGAUCUUGAUCUUGCUGUUCCCGGUACAUAUCAGAGCGGCAGACCCAUCAUCCGCAUCAUCAGCUUCGAUCCGAUCUUGCAUGUCCUACAAACCAAGAAGAGACCGCGAAGAAUGACGUUGAAGGGUAGUGACGGCAACUCUUACAUGUAUUGUGUUAAGGGGCAUGAAGACAUCCGACAAGACGAACGAGUCAUGCAGCUCUUUGGCUUGGUAAACACCCUCCUUGAUAACGAUGGAGAGAGUUUCAAGCGGCACCUGUCCGUACAACGGUUCCCUGCUAUUCCGUUGUCCCAGAGUUCCGGAAUUCUAGGGUGGGUUUCGAAUAGUGACACUCUGCAUGCGUUGAUCAAGGAAUAUCGGGAGAGUCGACGAAUCCUGCUGAACAUUGAGCACCGCAUCAUGCUGCAAAUGGCACCCGACUAUGAUAAUCUCACUCUCAUGCAAAAAGUGGAGGUGUUUGGAUACGCCAUGGACAAUACCACUGGAAAGGACCUAUAUCGCGUCCUGUGGCUCAAGAGUAGCAGCUCUGAGGCCUGGCUUGAGCGCCGCACAAAUUACACGCGUUCCCUCGGUGUCAUGUCCAUGGUGGGGUACAUCCUCGGCCUGGGCGAUCGCCAUCCAUCUAACCUGCUUCUGGAUCGGGUUACUGGCAAAGUGGUCCAUAUCGACUUCGGUGACUGUUUCGAGGUGGCAAUGCACCGAGAGAAGUACCCCGAGCGGGUGCCUUUCCGGUUGACUCGUAUGUUGACGUUUGCCAUGGAAGUCAGCAACAUUGAAGGAAGUUACCGUAUCACUUGUGAGGCGGUUAUGCGUGUUCUGAGAGAGAACAAGGAUUCUCUGAUGGCUGUGUUGGAAGCGUUCAUCCACGAUCCUUUGAUCAACUGGCGUUUAGGGAUCCGCGAGUCGCCAGACCGAAUGCCAUUCUCGGCGGAGCGCCGUCAAUCGGUUGUUUCCAACAUCAAUCUUGACCAUGGGGUCCAGCCCAGCAACUUCUCGCGUCACCGCCGGCCUUCUAUUCUCGAGGGUGGUAUCUUGGAUGCGCAGGAGGGGAUUCCCAACGAAGCCAGGGAAGCACAAAACGCACGAGCGCUCCAGGUGCUUGCCCGAGUCAAGGAGAAAUUGACUGGAAGAGACUUCAAGCAGAGUGAGGAACUCAACGUCAGCGACCAGGUGGACAAGCUUCUCGCUCAAGCCACUAGUGUCGAGAACAUCUGUCAGCAUUGGAUUGGAUGGUGCAGUUUCUGGUGA